CAGCGUCUUGGCUGGCAACUUGUCUUUGACCGGAACAGUCUACUCCAAAGAGCUACUUCAGAUACCCAUGAUGGCCGCCACCUCCACCAAGAUGCAAAUGCUAGUCUCCGUGCUCCUGCUGCUCGUGUCCCUCUGCAGCUGGACCCACGGGGUGCCCAGCAAGCGAUCCAGCAGGCUGUGCGGCGACAAGCUGUCCGAAGCCAUGGACAUGAUGUGCCCCAAUGGGUUCAAUGCCCGAAUUCCCCACAAGCGCGGCUUACUGGAUCUGUUCGAUUACGUGGACCACAUGUCCGAGCCGGCACUGGAUGAUGCGGACACCGCUGAUGAUGCGGCGGCCGUGGGUGCGGUCCUGCCCGAGGGUGUUCGGCUCCCCUGGCGGCACAACUCCCUAAUGUCUACCAGGCGCCAAAUGCGCGGAAUUGUGAACGAAUGUUGUGCCAAGUCGUGCACCAUCUAUGAGAUCAAGGCCUACUGCAAGUGAGGGGCACACGCGGAACACAGCACCAGCACCGGAACCAGCACCCACUGAAACCUGCACCAAUUGAGCACUGAUACAACUCCCACCCGCCCAACUAGAAGCUAAACAAAUUGUUACGAUAUUUGAUAUAUGUACGUGUAGAUAGAGAGAGACUCAAAUGAAUAUAUUAUGAUGCUCUCAGGAGCUGUUGC